AUGAGUCAACAAACGUCUUUUCAUAGAAUUGAUAGAUCUGUUAGUACGCUUUCAUUUUUUAAUACACCAAAACAGUUUCAAAUGUCAACCAAAAGAAAUCGUAUUGCAGCCAAAGAAUGUCGUGAAAGAAAGAAAGCGUAUGUAUCAAAUUUGGAAAAAAAGGCAACUCAGAUGGAAAAAGAGAAUACAAUGUUACGGAAGAAAGUUCUUGAAUUAAAAGAGAAAUUAGAAUAUGCUGAAUCUAAAGCUUCAGAAAAAGAUCAAUUAAAUUUAACGGUGCAAGAAUUAAAAGCGAGAAUUGAAAUUAUGAGAAGAGGUAGUAAUAUUGAGUGA